AACCCGGGGGAGGAGCGGCAAAACAUACGGCGCAGCCCCCCGCAACUACACAGAAAUUACGGACGCGUCCCCAGGAGAGUGGGAGGAGAAGUGGCGGAGGGUCCGAGGAGCGAGACUGGCCAGUGGUCUCUCUCAGUCUGUUUUUGCGGGCGGGUCCUUGUGUCUGUCUGUCCGUCCGUCCGGCCGGACGAGAUGCUCCCGUGGGCGACGGCGGCGGAGGCCGAGGCGGCGCUGGGGCGCGCCAUGACGGCCGCGGAGGCGCUGUGGUUCCGGUGGACCGCGGAGACGUCCGACUACUACCUCUACUGCCUCAACAUCCUCUUCCUCCUCGUCGUCUUCACGCUCGCGCCGCUCCCCGUCGCGCUCCUCGAGCUCCGCGCGCCGCGGGCCGUCGGGCCGUACAAGCUGCAGCCCCGGGUGCGGCUCUCGCGUGCCGAGUUCCUCAAGUGCUACGGGGACGUCAUGCGCAUCUUCUUCCUCGUCAUCGGCCCGCUCCAGCUCGUCUCCUACCCCGCCGUCAAGAUGGUGGGAAUCCACACCGGACUGCCGCUGCCGUCUCUGGGGGAGAUGGCGGCACAGCUGCUGGUCUACUUCCUGGUUGAGGACUACCUCAACUACUGGAUCCACCGGCUGCUGCACGGUGAGUGGGGCUAUGAGAAGAUCCACCGGAUCCACCAUGAGUACACCGCGCCCAUUGGCUUUGCAGCGCCAUACGCACACUGGGCAGAGGUGCUCAUACUUGGCAUCCCCUCCUUCGCUGGGCCAGCCAUUGCACCAGGCCACAUGAUAACAUUCUGGCUCUGGAUUAUACUUCGUCAGAUGGAAGCCAUUGACACACACAGCGGUUUUGAUUUCCCAUUCAGCCUGACAAAGUAUAUUCCAUUCUAUGGAGGAGCAGAAUACCAUGAUUAUCAUCACUACGUUGGAGGCCAAAGCCAGAGCAAUUUUGCUUCCGUUUUCACGUACUGUGAUUACCUAUAUGGGACCGACAGAGGUUACAGAUUCCACAAGGCUUACUUAGCAAAGUUGAAGGAUCUGGCGCCAAGCGACGGCGAGAAAGAAGGUGCCGACGGAUUCGCUUACGCAAAGUUGGAUUAGAUGGUCUUAUAGAGUGCAUCCUCAGCGCCUCCCUGAUGAUCUUCUUCAGUUAUGGCAUUGUGAAAAUAGUUGUGUUGAGCUGGGCAUGUGUAGUUCUUGUUAUGUGAAUUUUUGUGUUUCUUGCAAGUGUGGUGAACAUCCCUGAACUUGUUACGCUGACCAAUAAUAUUCCCCAGAUAACCUUUAAA